GCCCGAGCGUGGUGCAGCUGCACGCCAGGGGCACCGUCGGGGCGCUCUGGGUCGUCGCCCUGCUGUCGGACCACAGGCUGUUGGCGUACCUGUGCCCGCUUGGCGCUCCCCAGCAAGGCACCCGCGAGGCGGGCGACGUGAGCCAGCAGGUGAUCCAGGAGGAGGACGAAAACAGGGAGGACGAGACCUCUCCCGGCCGGAAGGCUGCCCCGUCGGUCGAGGAGGAGUUCCAGGGCUGCGGCGAGGUGGUCGUUGCCGCCUACAGCCUCACGCUGCCCACCUUCGCUCCCGCGGGGCUCCCGGAGCCUCCGCUGGACAGCAUCAGGCUCCCUGCCUGCGUGCAUGCGGAGAAGCUAUGA